AUGUCUUAUAAUAAAUCUAAAAGAGAAUUAAAAGAUCCCAGAACUAUAAAAUCUCAUGCUAGAAAUAGAAUUAUACCUCAACGAGAUAAUCUCCCACUUACUGAUUUGAUAACACCAGCUAAGGAAAGUUUUGCAAAUAUAAACUAUGUUGAAGAUCUACAAGAACCACAAGAAGAAUCACAAGAAGAAUCACAAGAAGAAAGUUAUUCGUUUUUGGUAAAAAGAACGCCAGUAGUUUCUCGAAGAAACAGAAUAUCCACAAUUUCCAAUCCAGAAGUAGUAAACGAAUUAUUUUCUGAUGAUGAUAGUGACGAUACGCCUGAAAAUGAUAAUGAGCGAGAGUUUGAAGACAAUACUUCAGAAUAUUCAUCAGAUGCUUCAAGUGAAGCUUGUCAAGUGAAUUUCGAUGCUCCAGAAAUAGAAAUAGAACAAAAUUAUUCUGUGCAGUCCGAAGAAUUGAAUGAUAAUUUUUCGUGGAUCGUUAUAUGGAUUUUGAAAUAUCAAGAAAGAUACAAGUUGCCCAAUACAGCUACAGAUUCUCUCUUAAAAUUUUUUCGUUAUGUUCUUACGGGUAUAAACAAAAAUUUGUUUUCAAAUUUUCCCACUUCUCUAUAUAUGGCAUUAAAGAAAUUUGGAAUUUGUACUCAUUUAAUAAAAUAUGUGGCUUGCAAGAAGUGCUGUAAAUUGUACCAAGUUGCAGAUGUAUCUAGCAGUAGUACUAUCUUUGAGCCUAAAUUUGCCAAAUGCGUAUUCCAAGAUUUUCCUAACCAUCCGAUGAGUAAUAAAAGAAACUUCUGUGGAAAUACUUUAUAUAAACAAGUCCAUACAAAAAAUGGAAUUAUUAAAAAACCAGACCUAAUAUUUCCUACAGUAAGUUUUGAAACAUCAAUUGAGUCUUUUAUUCAAGCGAAAGGGAUGUGA